GCCCUCGCGGUGCCCAUGCACAACAACAACAACAACAACAGCAAUAACAAUAGCCAGCAACAGAGCAUUGCAUACUUUUGGGCGCCAACCAAGGAUCCACAACAACAACAAGAAAAGCAAGAGAGGAGCAGCGAAAAUAAUACUGCAUACCAAAGCAAAUACUGUCGGACAUGCAACGGCAGCAAUAUCGAUACAUUGCCGAUAUAUCGAAAGUUAACUGGAAACAUCGACGGCGUCGAUGUCGUGUUUCGUGUAAAUAAUAAUCGUAAUAAUAGUGAUGCGAAGAAAAAGAAUUCAGCAAGUGUUUCUCACCGUGUAAAUAGUGCAAAUAAUAAGUUAAAUUUAAUUAUAAAUCGCAACAAAGUGUCGUCUAAACAUCACUCGCUGCCAGCAGCCACAAAUUUGCUUAAUAAAUUACCAACAUCGAGUGCGGAUCGCCACUUAAAGCCAACUGCCGUCGCGAGAUUCGUGCGUCGCCGUCGCCAUCACCGAGUUUCUACUGCGUCGCCAUCGUUGCCCCUGUUGCAUGGUCGCAGUCGUCGUCGGCCGCGUCUCACUCGACUGACGUUGCCCCGCCACCGCCACCGUCGCCGUCGCCAACGUUGCCGCCGUCGCAGCCCGGCAUUUGCAUCGCCCGCCGCGUCCAUGUUUCUGCCAUAUCAAAUUAAUCAACGUGCAACAUUGUUGCAAGCAUCAACAGCAACAUCAACAUCAACCGCAUUGCCUCAUGUGCAAGGGGCAACAAUAACAACAACUGCAACUACAACUACAACUACACUCAACCACAACACUCAACUGCAUGCUGCACAUCGAAUUUUUAAUCGUGAUACUGUCCGCACAGCGUCCAUCGCCUCACCUUUGACACCGCAGCAACAUCAACCACAUCAGCAACAGCAACACCAACAACAACAAGCACUACAAUCAGCGACAUCCGCAAGCACAACACAAACAACAACAGCGCGAAUUGAAUUCAUACUCUAUACAGAGAUAUACGAGGAAAAUUCGCAAUUCGAUAGCAAUUUCAUAUCGGAUACAAACUCAGAGAACAAACUUGUUCUGACGCCAAGACGCAGCUUUUGGCAGAAAUACGGCCACGUUUUGUUGAUCGCCAUUGGUGUUGCCGUGUGUCUGGUCUGUGGCAGCGUCCUGGUGACUGUGAUAACACUGCGACGCUCCACAGCAACAGCAGCAGCAACAAUAGCAACGCGCAGCAUACGCCACAAACAGCAGCAACAACAGCAGCAGCAGCGUCAGCAGCAGCAGUCGCAACGACGACGCGGCGGCACAGGAAGCGGGAGCGGGGUGAGCGGUGGUGCAACUGCAACUGGGGCAACUGGAGCUGCAACUGCAACAGCGACUGGAACUGCCUUUGCUCUGGCCCUGCCACUAACACAGACAACGACAGCACAAGCGGCGGAUCAGGACGAAGCAGCUGGAGCAGCAGUCGUUGCACCAAGAACAGCGGCAGCAGGAGGAGGAGAAGUAGGAACAGCCACAACCCCAACAGCAACAGCAGCAGCAACAACAACAACAGCACUUUUGUCAACCGAGCCGGAACAUUCUGUACCCAUGCUAUCGGUACAGACGGCCGGCUGCGCGGGAAUGGAGCGGCUUGGCGUUCCGACCCGCACAUCAUUGAGCACACCACCCGACGACAGGGAUCAAUUUAGAUGUAGAAUGCGCGUGGAUGCAAUCCAAGCACGCGAGCUUCUGGCCGUACGUAGCGAGACUGUGAUUCGUAGCAACAGCAGCAGCAGUAGCAACAGCAGUAACAAUCAGCAACAACAGCAGCAGCAACAUCACAACAAUAAGCAACAACAUUCCCACCAUCAGCAACAACAACAACAGCAGCAGCAGCAGCAACAUUAUCUAUACCAACAGCAGCAGCAGCAACAACAACAACGCAUGACAACUCCGCCGCCACCGCCUGCGUAUCAUUCGAGUCUGCCGCUUGGCAGCAAUUACAACAACAACAUUAACAACACGAACACGCAACAUAGUAUUAACAACACAUACAGCGGCAGCAAUGUGUCGGCCCGUGGUGGCAUCGAGGCAACAACGUUAAAGUACGGCAACACGGGCAGCGGGAGCUACAACUACAACAGCUACAGCAAUAAACCACCGGGCGAUCUGAGCAACUCCUCCUGCACAUCCACGUCGAUGUCGAUGUCAUCGUGCGGCUCGCUGAGCAGCCACAGCAAUGAUCACCAUCAACAUUACCAAUAUCAGCUGCAGCAACAGCAGACCCCGCGUUGCCCACAUCAUGUACCACUGCCGGACAGCGAGUACGGACAGGAUCGUCAUCUGCAAAUACGCAGCAGCUAUCAGCAAUCGGAAAUCACACGCUCCUACACGAAGCCGCCGCCCAAUAAAACCGUACGCGAUGUGCCUGCCGAGCAGCUUUGUGCCGCCAACUCCAAUUACCGCCUGAGCACAGCGCCGAAUACGUGCGCCACACUCGCCGCUGGUGUUGCCACCUCCUCCACCUAUGCGCUGGCCAUAACGCACGGACAGGCGGCCACAACAGCAGCUGCAGCGAUGGCAGCAGCAGCAGCUGGCUCAUCAUCGUCAACGAAAUCCAAACCGAAUGCCAUAACCAAGUUCUUCUCACGCAUCAGUUCACCCAAAUCGCCCACGUCGCUGGCGACAAGCACAGCUGCUGGAGGAGGAGGAACACAGCAAGCAACCGUCACAGGCGGCGGCUCAUCACUUGCCUCAUCUGCCUCAAUGUCGUCGUCGGCCUCAUCGUUGGCCUCAUCAGCGGGGAUGCCCGCUUGUGUCUCGGCCUCGUCAUCAGCCUCAUCGCUGGCAGCCGCUCCACUGACCGCGCUGCCCAUCUCCAAUGCAGCCACACUUAAGAGCACAGCCUGCAGCUAUGGCAGCACCACAUCCGCAACAUCAGCAGCAGCAGCAGGAGGAGCAACAGGGACUUCAACAUCAGCUGCAGUGUUGCUGGAAUCGGAGCAAGAUGAGACGCAAUAAUUCCAACUCUAGCAUGAUGAAUGAGCGUUAGCUAAACUUCGCGCUGGCACGAAAAGACUGUUUAUUAGUCAGAAUUUAAUAUGUAAAACGAGGAUGAGACCAAGAUGAUCCAGCAUCAGAUGUGGGAGGAGACACACACACACACACACAUACACACAAUUCUGCAGACUGCUGUAAAAAAAGCCGCUACUAAAAACUCACAACAUAUGGAGGAGAGAUCCAUUUCCGACACAUAGAGAGAAUGAGUUUAUAUAUUUUACUCUAUUCCCCCCACCAAGCCAAUCAAUCAAUCAGUCAAACAAUCAAUCAAUCAA